AUGGGCGCGGAGGAGGACGCCACCGCCCGCCGCGAGCGCCUCAAGGCCCUCCGCGCAGCCAAGGAGCUCCUCUCCGCCCCCGACGCCGCCCCUGCCGCGGAGCAGCAGAAUGGUAAACAUGGGGCCACAGAAGAACAGGUAGACCAACCAACAGUACCAGGUCCUGUGGAUGCAACCGAGGAUGGCUUGAAGGAGUCUGACGGACUUGAAGACAAUGGCGAGAUGCCACUGAAGUUCAGAAACUACCUUCCUCAUGAUGAGCAGCUUCGAGGCGGUAAGGUGGCUCCGUUGUCUCUUCCCAAGUUUGAAGAUCCAAUUGCUGCUGAUGCUGCUGAGCCAAAGCAGCUCGAGAACCCUUUCGGGAACAUCGCUCCAAAGAAUCCAAACUGGGAUCUGAAACGGGAUGUCCAGAAGAGGACCGACAAGUUGGAGAAGCGCACGCAGAAAGCUCUGGCGGAGAUUGCAUUGGAGCAGCAAAAGGAGAAAGAGGCACUAGAGGAGGGAAGCGAUGUGGCAGCUCAAGAGUGAAGCGGUACUGUUGGCGGUCCAAAUAUUUUCAUGGCAGUGGAGAGGAAUCAGCUCGGGUCUCAAACCUUCGUGUGUUUGUAAUGUGUGGUGUGGGUGAUGUAGGGGAAGUGUAGAUGUGUUUGUGCACGGUCCAUGGAUAACACUUCUCAUUCAGUAUCCAGAAUUUUGAGUUGUGCUGAUGGUUAGGGUCGAAUUAACCGUGCAUAAUCUGUCUCACGAAUUCAAUUUGU